AUGCCCGCUAACGGUACUGCUCGCGCUUCCGCCCUCGCGCCAGGUCAUUUCCUCUUUACUUCCGAGUCUGUCGGCGAGGGUCAUCCCGAUAAGAUUUGCGACCAGGUCUCUGAUGCUAUCCUCGAUGCCUGUCUGGCACAGGACCCCUUCUCGAAGGUCGCUUGCGAGACUGCCUCCAAAACCGGCAUGAUCAUGGUCUUCGGUGAAAUUACCACGAAGGGGCAGAUCGACUACCAGAAGGUUAUCCGUGAAACCAUCAAGCAAAUCGGGUAUGACGACUCCUCGAAGGGAUUCGACUACAAGACCUGUAACAUUCUUGUCGCGAUCGAGCAGCAGUCGCCGGAUAUCGCCCAGGGACUUGACCACGGCGCGCUCGAGCACAUCGGUGCCGGUGACCAGGGUAUCAUGUUCGGCUAUGCAACGGACGAGACGCCUGAGUACAUGCCUCUCACGCUCGUUCUCGCCCACCGCCUGAACGAAGCGAUGGCUGUUGCUCGCCGCGCGGGCGUCCUCCCUUGGCUCCGUCCCGACUCUAAGACUCAAGUCACCGUUGAGUACAAGAAAGAUGGCGGUGCUACAAUCCCUCUCCGUGUCGACACGGUUGUCGUGUCCACUCAGCACGCUGAGGAGAUCUCCACCGAGGAGCUCCGCAAGGAGAUCCUGGAGAAGAUCGUCAAGCAGGUUAUUCCCGCAAACCUGCUUGAUGAGCGCACCGUUUACCACAUUCAACCUUCUGGGCGUUUCGUCAUCGGCGGUCCCCAGGGUGAUGCCGGUCUCACUGGCCGUAAGAUUAUUGUCGACACCUACGGUGGUUGGGGUGCUCAUGGAGGAGGAGCCUUCUCUGGCAAGGACUGGUCCAAGGUUGACCGGUCCGCUGCGUACACCGCUCGUUGGAUUGCUAAGUCCUUAAUCGCGGGUGGCCUUGCUCGCCGCGCUCUUGUCCAGCUCUCCUAUGCCAUUGGUGUUGCUGAGCCGUUGUCCAUCUACGUUGACACGUACGGUACGGGCAAGAAGUCCGACGAGGACCUCGUCGAUGUUAUUCGUAACAACUUCGACCUCCGACCUGGUGUCAUUGUCCAACAGCUUGGUCUCCAAAAGCCGCAGUACCGCAAGACGGCGUCAUACGGUCACUUUGGUAACCCGGAGUACUCGUGGGAGCAGCCUAAGAAGCUCCAGCUCUAA